AUCGACAAGUUAUUUACCAUCGCCACCUAAAACCACAAGCAAGUUUAAUCUUUCUCUUCUUUUCAUCCCCAUCUCAAGAUAAUUUCUCUUCAAAAAGUCUCUGCCAUGGCGACCCUCAAAGCUUCGUUUUUGCUCCGAAAUCUCGACAGUGACAUCGCCGGAGAUGUUAUCGCCGAUAAGGAACAUCGCGGGUCCGGCGCUAUUCAUGUUAUCAUGGGUCCUAUGUUUUCUGGGAAAUCAACCUCUCUCCUCCGCCGAAUCAAGUCAGAGAUCAGCGUCGGAAGAAGUGUUGCGAUGCUGAAAUCAAGUAAGGAUACGAGAUAUGCCAAAGAUUCGGUGGUGACACACGAUGGAAUUGGAUUCCCUUGUUGGGCUCUUCCAGAUCUAAUGUCAUUUCCUGAGAAAUUUGGAAAAGCUGCUUACGACAAGCUUGAUGUGAUUGGUAUUGAUGAGGCUCAAUUCUUCGGAGAUCUUUAUGAGUUUUGUUGCAAAGUCGCUGAUGAUGAUGGCAAAACAGUGAUUGUUGCAGGCCUAGAUGGUGACUAUUUAAGAAGGAGCUUUGGUGCUGUUCUUGACAUUAUACCAAUAGCUGAUUCUGUAACAAAGCUAACUGCAAGGUGUGAGGUUUGUGGACAGAAAGCUUUCUUUACUCUAAGAAAGACUUGUGACACCAGAACCGAGCUGAUCGGUGGAGCUGAUGUCUAUAUGCCCGUUUGUCGCAAGCAUUACAUCAAUAAUGAAAUUGUCAUCAAAGCUUCAAAGAAAGUGUUGGAUUCUGACAAUGGAAGAGCUGAAUCCUGUGUGGAGACAGUUGCUGCUAUGAUCUAACUAUAACUGCUCUGGAACCAGUACCAUAUAUGAUUGUGAAAUUUUGUUUUCCUGCUUGCUUUCGUUUUACUUGCCUGGGUUUUAUCCUCAGUGUUGUCUUUGAAAAUCACUUGUGAUGUUUCUUCUUGUAUGUAUAUAAAUAUAUGUUCGAGUUCUUUAAAGCU